CGCGACUCCGCCUCGCCCCGCACGCGGGCUCGUGCUCCGGAUCCCGCCCGGCGUCCGGCGCGCGGACCCCGGCCCGGUUCUGACCGGCCUGGCCAGCACUCCCGCGCAAGCACCAUGCUCUUCUAUUCCUUUUUCAAGUCCCUUGUGGGCAAGGACGUGGUGGUGGAACUCAAGAAUGACCUGAGCAUCUGUGGAACACUCCAUUCUGUGGAUCAGUAUCUCAACAUCAAAUUAACGGAUAUCAGUGUCACCGACCCUGAGAAAUACCCCCACAUGUUGUCGGUGAAGAACUGCUUCAUCCGGGGCUCCGUGGUCCGGUAUGUUCAGUUGCCAGCAGAUGAGGUUGACACACAGUUACUACAAGAUGCAGCAAGGAAGGAGGCCCUGCAGCAGAAACAGUGACAGUCCCGCGGCCCUCUGCCCUCCUGGCCCAGCCAGGACCCUCCCCUAGACAGUCGGGUGCUGUGUUGUUUUGUCAUGGCUUUUGUUUGUUUUUUUUGAAGAAUGAACAGGUGAAAAAAAAUAAUAGUGGGGGGCAACUGUCCUCUGUUGAGAACAGGAAACUAGAUCCAUAGGCCAGGGAACUGCCAGCCCUUCCCCCCCUCCUUUCCGUGGGCAGCAGAGACCCUCCCUAGAUCUCAUCAGGGCAGGAGGUGAUUCAUUUUGGGAUGGAAGGAAUCUGUCUCCCGCAUCGGGAAUAAAAUUUAUGAUGGCAAAUUUGA